GUCCAUGACAGAAGCCACACCCCACAAAAAGCCCAAAGAGGCGUCAAUAAUAAACUAGUAUUUAAAUGAAAUAAUAAUUAGAUACUAUAUAUAUAAAGGAAUAAAUUGAUCAUAUUCAUAUACUAGUAUCUCUAUAUUCUCGCUAAACAAAACAAAACAGAUCCAUCGCUGCUGCUACAAACUAACCUUCAUCUUCGUCUGCCAAAAGAUGAGUUACUACAACCAACAACAACCGCCCGUCGGCGUUCCUCCUCAGCAAGGUUAUCCGCCACAAGAAUCUUACGGAAAAGAUGCUUACCCGCCACCGGGAUAUCCACCACAAGGUUACCCUCCACAACAAGGCUAUCCACCACAAGGCUAUCCACAACAGGGAUAUCCACCGCCUUAUGCUCCUCAGUACGCUCAGCCACCACCUCAACAACAUCAAAAUUCAUCCGGACCUGGUUGCUUGGAAGGAUGCUUGGCUGCUCUUUGCUGCUGUUGUCUCUUGGAUGCAUGCUUUUGAGGAGAUAUUACUUUGCACAAAUUGGACUGAGUACAUGUGUAUUUUGAAUUUGAACUCAUUAUUGUUCUUAUAGUAUCUUUUUAUUUUACUUGUUGGUUGUUUGCUUUUAUGAAAGUGAAGUCAUGAAUUACUCCUUCCAAACAUUUUACUGUCUCAUUAAAAGAUUGGUCGUUUUUUA